UUCUUCACUUCUUCGUGCGCUUCUCUCGAGUUUCACCGGUCAAGCUCCCUCUUUCUAGCCUUCCAGCCCUCCGAGUCAAGUAAGCUUCCUUCUUCCUUCCUUAGUUUUUCCUUUCUUUUCUUCGCCUCUCUUUUCGGUCAAUGUCUUCUCCUGAUAGCCAAGAUAUCUCUGCCUUGGAUGCCCGCGCAUCCGAGAAAUCCCUUUCUACUUCUUCUUCGACCAGGUCGUCUUCUCCCAUUCCUCAGCCCCGGUCGAUUCCCAACCCUAGCAUCCCUGAACCACAGCCGGUAAAUCAGAUGCCCGGUCAUAUUUUCGCGGAGAGGGAGGAACCGGUCAGCGAUGAACCGGCCCCCUAUGACCCGGAUAAUGAGACCCGGGAUCAGUGGGUGGAGAGGUUAGAUGCCUCCGGUUACUCUCCCCUCCCCACUUCCUUCGUUAUAGACAUCUACCCUCGUGUUUCCAAAAUAGCUCUGAAUAAGGCCCGUAGGAAUCUCCCGGUGGGCUAUGUUCUCGUGUACGACGAGAACUGGCCCAACAUUAUCGAACCUCACCGGGAGGAUAGGGUAGGUUUUCAUAUUGCUUCCUUAGAGAGCGGUAUCAUUUUUCCUCUUCACCCCCUCUUGGUCGAGCUCUGCCACUGCUUUGGGAUCCUACCCGGUCAGAUUACUCCCAAUGCCCACCGGUUACUCAAUUCCUUUGCUAAUAUCUGCGCCCACCUUCACAUCGACCCCUCUCUUCGCCUCUUCCUCUACAUGUUUGAGGUUCGUCCCGGUAAACCGGGUUGUGAAGGUUUCGUCUAUUUCAAAGGACGAAACAACCGCAAGUUCAUCUCUGACCUUCCACAAAGUAACCGUUUGUGGAAGGAAAAAUUUGUCUUCAUAAAAUUCUCCCCCUCCGUCACUCCUUUGGCCGGCUUGAAGUGGAGUGAUCAUCUCCUUAAGCACCAGUUCACCGAACCGCUGGCCACCCCGGAUCUGGAGGAGAGCUGGGAACAGCUUCUCAAAGGGGACCCCAACACCGGUCAGAUGUACCACUACGGGGGUUGGGUCUGGCGCGUCCAACCGGGUGACGAGGGUACCUCCCGGGCCCAUGAAGCAGCGGGGCGCGGGGGACCCUCCCCGGGCAACACUGCGGAGGCUGGAGGCCCAAGUCACCCAGACAUGAAUUUCAGGGCGUACAACAUGCCGAGGACAACUGGUGGCUCCUCCUCCGCUGCCACCACAAACAAGCCGGUACAACCGGAGACGGUUGUGAUCAAUGAUGAGGAGGAAGACCCUCAGACCCGGGGAAUGGAUCGGCCAGGGAAUGCACCGGUGAAUCCCUCCCCCAACAAGGGGAAGGGGAAGAUGAGGACGAAGAAAACUGCAACCACUCACCCGGCCGCGAAGAGAAAAAGGGGAGAAAGCUCCCCGGUUGGUGAAUCGAUGGAGGAGCUUUGGGUCAAGAUGACCCUUAAGCUGAAAGAGAUGGGCGAGGUCGGCCCGGAAACUCUGGAACAGCUCGCCGGUGAUUCCUCCUCCCGGUUAAGCCAACUAGAGGAGCAGCUGAAAAGAUCCGAGGCUCACAACCAGGAGCUCCAAGAUCUGACGGGCCGCCAACUGGAUGAGGUGGCCAAUCUUGCAAGGAUGGCCGGGGAGGCAGAGGCCGAGGUCCUCCGGCCGAAGGAGGAGAACCUUAAGCUGAAGGAAAGGGAGUUUCCCGGCAAAGCCAGGCAGUGGAUGGAGGACCACCUGGUGGAGGCUGCUCGGGUGCUCACCUCUUCUCAAGAGAGGACGAUGGAGGGCUUCCAGUUGCUGUACAGGGAAGAGCACGGAAAAGAAAUGAUUACCCAAGUCGGCUCUUACGGUUUCAUGUCCGGCCAAAAGAGAGACCGGGAGGCGACGCACGCAAUCCUCGCUGAACGGUUUCCGGAUUUUGACGCUGAAUCCUACGGGCUGGCCCCCAUCCCGGAUGAUGAGCUUGCACCCCCUUUUCCCUUGGAGUGAAGAAUCUUCCCGGCUGCGCCAGGUUAUCUUUUGUUAAACUCCAAACUUUGAAAUUUUUUCCCGGGUAUGCCUGGUUUACUUGUAAAACACUUAACCUUCUUAUUUUGUUGAAUGCCAUGUUCGUUUCUUUACCUGGUUAAUCUUGCCUU